AGGUCUUCCUCUGCACUCACAACAAUUCACUUCCAACUUACAAGCUUACCACCACCACCAGCAGCAGUACCACUGAUCACCAAGAGAGAAAGAGGGCAAAGAAUGGAAGGAAGGGUCUGUUUGGAAACUUAAAUUGGUGAUUUGCAGAGAACAGAGAGAGAGAGGGACAGAGAGACGUCUGCUUUUGAGCCAUGGCGGCGUGGCAGAGCUGUAAUUCUAUGUCUUUAAUGCUCACUAGACAGCCAAGAAAUUGGUUUCUCGAUUAAUGCUGUCCCAAAAAUCUCCGAGAAAAAGCUGCAAUAAUCCCCACCACCAUCGUCAACAAUUAGCAAUCUCUUCACAGAGAGAGAGAGAGAAUUAAAAAAAAAUUCAAAAUUGAAGAACACCCAUUUCACCACUGGGUUGGAAUCUAGGUAGUAGUUUGGCUUCUGCUAUGGAUUGUCAGUCACAACUGAGGUUUGGGACAGGUUUAAAGGUGGAACAAUGGCUGGCUUCUUCUCACUAGGCAGCGGCGGAGGAGGAGGAAGAGGAACGAGAAACAACCACCAACAAAGCAGCAACAACACCAACCCACCACCACCACAACCCAACGAAAUCAAUCCCGAGAGCUGGUUUCUCCACAGAAGCGAAGAUGUUACCUACAAAGGUUUCGAACUAUGGCAACAACCACCGCAACACCACCACCACCAACACCACCACCACCCCCACCCAGAACACAAUAUUCAGCAGCAGCAGCAGCAGCAGCGACAUAGCAACCCGUUACAAGACCUUUAUUCGUCGGCGGGAGGCUUAGCGGUGGGGCCGAGCCGUAGCUCAAUCAAUAUCUCCAAUGAAUCGUCGAGAUCUGCGUUUGUGAUGAUGAGAAGUAGCGGCAGCGGAAGUGGAGGAGGAAGUAUCAGCUGUCAAGACUGUGGAAACCAAGCCAAGAAGGAUUGUGAGCACAUGAGGUGUAGGACUUGUUGCAAGAGCCGAGGGUUUCAUUGCCAUACCCAUGUCAAGAGCACUUGGGUUCCUGCUGCUAAAAGGCGAGAAAGGCAACAACAACUCGCUACUUUACAACAACAACAACAUGAACAAUCACAAUCACAACAACAAGAGCUGCUACACAGAGACCAUCCCAAAAGGCACAGAGAGAAUAUGAAUCCCAGUGGUUCCUCCCUCGUCUGCACUCGUUUAACCUCUAACGCCUCAGGGUUGGAGAUGGGGAAUUUUCCGCCGGAGGUGAAUUCACCGGCGGUGUUUCGGUGUGUACGCGUGAGCUCCAUUGAUGAUGCGGAGGACCAGUACGCCUAUCAGACGGCUGUGAACAUCGGAGGACAUGUUUUCAGGGGAAUUCUAUACGAUCAUGGCCUUGAAACUCACUACAUGGCCGGAGAGAGCUCUUCCGGCGGCACACCCAGUGGACUUAAUCUCAUUACCGCCGCCAUGGCCACCGCCACCUCCGCCGUCACCACCGCCGCCGGUGCCACGGCUGCUGUGGUGGAUUCUCCGGCGGCGGGAGCGUUUCUGGACCCUUCUCUUUACCCAGCUCCACUUAACACUUUCAUGUCCGGUACGCAAUUCUUCCCACUCCCAAGGUCUUAAAGACACCACUCUCUCUCUCUUUCUCUCCCUAAAUGCAAUAUAUUGAUGAUGGUUUGGAGUUGUAUUGUAGACCAUUUGACACCCAUUGAAGCAGAAAGAAGAAGAAGAGGAAAUGAAAAUAUGCUGGUUUGGUUUGUUUGUAGUUGAAUUUUCAAAUGCAAAGAAAGAGGAAUUAUUAUUAUUAUUAUUGUGAU